AUGUCGUUAAAUUUACCAGAAAAUGAUCCAUUUCUUAAAAAGCAAACUAUUCGAGCACGACGAAAAAGAUUACAAGAAUCAUCACGUCUUGGAUAUAAAAAUCUACAUCAAGAACUUGAACCUUUACCAUCAUUGAAAGAAACUCCAAUUGGUCAACAAGAAAAAUUAUUUAUUGAAAAAUUACGACAAUGUUGUGUUCUAUUUGAUUUUUCGGAUUGUGUAAGCGAUCUUAAAAGUAAAGAAAUAAAACGAGCUUGUCUAAAUGAAAUUGUCGAUUAUAUAACAGUAACAAAAAGUUGUUUAACAGAAAAUGUUUAUCCAGAAUUGGUUACAAUGAUAUCGAUAAAUCUUUUUCGUAUAUUACCACCAAUAGGUCCAGAUAGUUUAUCUGAUGAAAUAGGCGUUGAAGAUGAAGAACCAACAUUAGAAGCAACAUGGCCACAUACGCAAAUAGUUUAUGAAUUUUUUUUACGCUGUUUGGAAUCACAUGAUUUUCAACCAAAUAUAGCAAAAAAAUUUAUUGAUCAAAAAUUUGUUUUACAAUUAUUGGAUUUAUUUGAUAGUGAAGAUCCACGUGAAAGAGAUUUUUUAAAAACAAUUCUUCAUCGAAUUUAUGGCAAAUUUCUUGGUUUAAGAGCAUUCAUUCGGAAACAAUUUAAUAAUAUAUUUUUACGAUUUGUCUACGAAUAUGAACGAUUCAAUGGUAUUGCUGAACUACUGGAAAUACUUGGAAGUAUAAUUAAUGGUUUUGCUAUACCAUUAAAAGAAGAACAUAAAGUAUUUCUUGGACGAGUACUUAUACCAUUACAUAAAGUUCAUUCAUUAAGUUCAUUUCAUCCACAAUUAACAUAUUGUGUUGUACAAUUUAUUGAAAAAGAGUCUUCAUUAGGUGAACUUAUAAUAAAAGGUUUACUUAAAUAUUGGCCAAAAACAUGUUCAACUAAAGAAAUAUUAUUUAUUAAUGAACUCGAAGAAAUUCUUGAUGUAAUCGAUUCAAAAACAUUUCGAACUGUUAUUACACCACUUUUUAAACAAAUUACACGAUCAGCUACAUCGCCACAUUUUCAAGUAAAUUAA